AUGUCUCGUGCUACAGCCAUUUCUCUCGCUCUCCUCUCCAUGUGUCUCCAGCCAUUCUCGACGAUAUGGUCAACUCCAGAUUUUCACGCCUUUCCUGGUUGUGUUUAUCUGCUUCUCCCGAUUCUCCGCCGGUCACAUUGGCAGAAUCGGGAUCAGGAGGACGACCCGGAGGAGGAAGGGGAGGAGGGGAGCAGUGAGGAGGAGGAGUCGGAAGAGGAGGAGGAGGAGAAGCACAAGGGCGUUGCAGGGCUGAUCGCAGUGGAGAACCCAAAUGCGCCCAGAAAGGCUGCGGUCAAGAUUUCCCAGGCGGAUACCAAUGCCACCACUCAACUCUCUCGCCGUGAAAGGGAGGAGAUAGAGAAGGAAAGGUCAAAGGAGCGGUACAUGAAGCUGCAGGAGCAGGGCAAGACAGAGCAGUCUAAAAAGGACCUUGAACGCUUAGCUCUUAUUCGCCAGCAACGGGAAGAGGCGGCUAAGAAGAAAGAGGAGGAGCGCUUGGCAAAGGAGGCCAAGAAACUAGAAGCUCGCAAAAGAUGA